CCCCCGUCCCCCCCCCCUUCCCCCCAGCCGCCAGCAGCGGCUCUCAGGCGGCGUCGUGGACGGCGUGCAGCGGCGGCAGGGAGGACGUCAUGAGCGUUCCGGCGUGUUCCCGCAGGCUGGUCCGCCGCUCCAGGGCUGCGGUGGUGGUGGCCGCGCUGGCCGUGCUGCUCAUCCAGACUCUGCUGGUAUGGAACUUCAGCAGCCUGGACUCCUCAUCUGGCGGAGAUCGAGGCAGCCGCAGCCGGGAGAAGCGAGCCGCGGGGUCGGACAAAGCCAACAGGCAGCCGCCGAAAAGCGGACUGCAGAGGAGUGAUCCGCCGCCACCGCUGCCAAAGGCGCCCGUCAGACACAAGCUGCGUGCGGACGUUUACCGCUCUCACCGACCCAAAGAGAAACGUCCUCCCGACAGCAACAACAAUGAGAACUCCGUCCCCAAAGACUUUGACGCCAUGGAUAGCAGCAACCCUGCCGCUCCAUUGCAACAUCAGCGUGCGCCAGGCGGCAACGCUCACCAGAAGCCUCAAAGCGUCCUGGGAAAAUCCUCCACCUACAAUCGCACCCACGUCCCGGCGACUGCCGUCCCAGAAGCGACCCCGAAGUCUAAGAAGAGUCCAGUGGUGCGGCAGAUGCAGAAGACGACCGCCGCGCCACUGAGGAAGGAGCAGGCCGAGUGCGAGAUCAGCGGGAAAGAAGCCAUCUCGGCUCUGUCGCGAGCUAAAAGUCGAGGGUGUCGCCAGCAGAUGGCCGACGUCUACUGCAGACACAUGAAGGAUGCACUGAUGCCUCAUCAAGUUCCUCGCUUCUGCCCCCUGCAAGGUAAAGUCAGCGUCAACAUCCAGUGGGACGAAGGGCCGCCUGACUCCGCCCACCCAGCGCCGGUACGCUUGGCCUUCGUGCUAGUGGUCCACGGCCGUGCCUCGCGUCAGUUCCACCGUCUCUUCAAGGCGGUCUACCACACGGCGCACUUCUACUACAUCCACGUGGACCAGAGGUCCGACUACCUUCAUCGAGAGGUGAUGGCUGUGGCCCGGCAAUACCGCAACGUACGCGUCACCCCCUGGAGGAUGGCGACCAUCUGGGGUGGGGCCAGCCUGCUGACCAUGUACCUGCACGCUAUGGACGACCUGCUCAAGAUGGCCGACUGGUCAUGGGACUUUUUCAUCAACCUGAGCGCCGCCGACUACCCCAUCAGGACCAACGAGCAGCUGGUGGCGUUUUUGUCCAAACACCGUCACUUGAACUUCAUCAAGUCGCACGGACGCGACAACGCACGCUUCAUCCGCAAACAGGGUCUGGACCGCCUCUUCCUGGAGUGCGACACUCACAUGUGGCGCCUCGGAGACCGCAAGAUCCCAGAAGGCAUCGCGGUAGACGGAGGCUCCGAUUGGUUCCUGCUCAACCGGGCCUUCGUGGACUACGUGGUUCGCUCCACGGACGAGCUGGUCGGCGCCAUGAAGCGCUUCUACGCCUUCACUCUGCUUCCCGCCGAGUCCUUCUUCCACACGGUUCUGGAGAACAGCGCCCUCUGCCACACCAUGGUGGACAACAACCUGCGACUCACCAACUGGAACCGCAAGCUGGGUUGCAAGUGUCAGUACAAGAACAUCGUGGACUGGUGCGGAUGCUCGCCCAACGACUUCAAGCCCGCCGACCUGCCCCGCCUCCAGCAACAGGCAUCCAGACCCACAUUUUUUGCCAGGAAGUUUGAGGCGAGCGUCAGCCAGGAUGUCAUCAACCAACUGGACGCCCACCUGUUUGGAGCGUACGCUGCGGGUACGCCGGGCCUGGAAGCCUACUGGGAGAAUGUCUACGAGCAGGAAACGGACGGCGUGGCCGGCGUGUCCGACGCCGUGCUCAGCCACUACCAUAGCUUUGCUCGUAUGGGCCUGCGACGCGCCGCCGGCUCCCUGCAGGGACGCCCCAGCGACAACAGCUGCAGGUACGAGACCACCGGCCCCCCGCUCUCUGUCCACAUGUACUUCCUGUCCGACCGCUUCCAAGGUUACUUGCUGCGACACGUGGCCGUGAACAGAGCCUCCACCCAGCUGGAGAAACUGGAGACCUGGGUGACCCCCCGAGACCACUUCACCCUGGCCAGCCCCCCACACCCCACCAACAGACUGCAACACGUGCAGGUGGGGGCGGACUGGGAUCCAAAAGAGCGUCUAUUUCGGAACCGGGGGGGUCUGCUGGGACCCCAGGACGAGCCGGUAGCGGUGCAGCGCUGGACCCGAGGCCCGAGCAACCUGACGGCCACGGUGGUGUGGAUCGACCCCACCAACGUGAUCGCGGCCACCUACGACAUCCACGUGGACGCCUCCGCUGAUGUCACUCACUACCGCCCCCCACUGACGGCACCACUGCGGCCGGGCGUGUGGACGCUGAGGGUUCUGAACCACUGGAGCCUACUGGGCCAGACCAGCUUCAUUGUGGCGCCUCUGGAGUUCUACCAACAGCAGCCAAUCAAACAAGAGGAGGUUUUGCGUCUUCACGACGGCCCGGCCAAGAACUCCUACAUGGAGCAGAGCUUCCACGGGCUCAACCCCGUCCUGAGACUCCCCAUCAGCCUGGGCGCCGUGGAGGAGGCCGAGGCUAAUGCUGGCCUGACGGGGGCAUCGCUGCGGCACUGGCUGGACCGCCUGCUGGAGGCUUACUGGUCCGCGGCGGACGUCUGCUCCACGGGCCCGAGCGCGUGUCCCAUCAUGCAGCUCUGCCGCCUGACGGCGUGGAGCUCACACAGCCCGGACCCUAAGUCAGAACUCGGGCCAGCCCAGCAGGACGGCCGCAUCAGGUAACAGAUGCACGUGAAGGAAGUCGACCUUUCUAUUUAUUUUUUAUUUAACGUGCACACCCUCCCCCUGUGUGUGUGUGAGAAGGACUGUGUUUUAAUUUUGAAAAUGUGUGAGGUGAAAUGUUUUAUUGUGUGAAGCUGAAGAUGAAUUUUAUUGAUUGUGAAACGGUCUGCUGUCAGAGACGCUUCUUAAGGGUCUUAAGUCCGAUGGCGCCGCCUGGUGGCAUGUGGGUGGAAGUGUUCCUGUUAUUGUUUUCAUGCCGGAUGUGUCUCGCGUGGACGCGUCCAAGUGUUGCCUCAUUGAUGAGGUUUUAACUUGACAAAUAAGUUAUGAGUCCACUUAUUUAUUGAUCUCAUUACCUUGACUUUGUAGUUAUUGAUGAAGUAUUUAUUGUCCUAUUUGACUAACGAUACUGCCUUGGCGUGAAGCUUAUUACCAUCACGAACACACUGAAUAUGACCUUAAAAGUACAUGUUGUGAAUGAAAGAUGAACACUGUGUCAUAUUUAACUCAUAAGAAUUUAAAUGUUCUAAAUUAUGCCGUAUACAUCAAGUCACUAAGUGAGGUAUAGGAAACAUUUGGGAGUGGCUUUCAUGUGACUAGCCCAGGAUAGGCGUCCCUAAAAUGGCAGCGUGUCAAGUAAGCUAGCUCAUUUCCAAAACGUUUCUUUUUUUUAACCAUGAAAGCUCAUUUUACACCAAUUUAACAAUUAUGACGCAUUAACAGGGAGUCAAAUAUUACAAUUAAACUCUUCUUGCUAUAUGUCUUCCAUAUAUUCAUAGAAAACAAGCUAGGAAAAUAUCACUAUCGAGGUAUUAGCCUUCACGUUGCUAUGGAAAGAAAAGACGUGACGCAUUUGUCACACUAGCAAAAAUACUAGUAAGACAGUCAAUAGCAUACAUUUAUCAUGAAGGGUGUAACUUGUAUGUAACCUCACAUCUUUCACACCAAUUAGUAGUAUUUGACCAAAAACGUCAUAAAUAUGUGGUCUAUCCACUUUGCAUUUGACCUGAAAUGGAUUCUUAUGGGUUAAAUAUGUUUGCGCUCGUAAAUGAAUAUAAUACAUGUUGACAAUGUUCAUUUCACAGAAUGUAAUAGUUUGUAUUGUCCUUGGAGGUGCCAAAUGUCCUUUUUAUUGUUGGACUUUUCUCUCCAGUGCUGCUCGUCAGCGUGGAGAUGAGCGGACUGGUUGAUUCUAGAUAUGAUAUUUCUAUUCAUGAACAAGUCUUCAUGUGUUCUGAUGGUGCCUUUGUGUUCCAACAACAUUUUGGAAUAAAGAGAAUCUCCUUAAUGUCUGCACAUCAAUGACACCUUGUUUUUUGUUUAAAACCAAAUGUAUUUAUUUAAGAAAAUAGUGACUGAACUUAUUUACACGUGGGAGGAA